ACUGGGUCUCACUGUGCAGCACAGAUAGCCCUUGUUUUGUUUUGAGAGAGGUGGUGUUGGAGUUAGAGGUAUGGUUUUGUUUUGUCUGAGACAGGGUCUUAUUGUGUAGUCCAGGUUCACCUUGAACUCACUGUAUAUCCCAGGCUGGCCUUGAAUUUGAGGCAGUCCUCCUGACCUCAGCCUCCCAAGUUGCUGGGAUUACAGAUGUGUAAUACCAUGCCCAACUCAAGGUUAUUUUUGAAUAACUCUUUGCCUUAAAUUUUUUGUAGAGAGAAAAUUUUGUUGAGUAGUCUUGAGAUUCAAGAUAGCUCCCAGGGGACAAGGUCCAGAGAAGUUGACCAGUUAGGAUAAUAUAUGCCAAGUGGAACAUGAAGGUAGGUAGCAAAUUCAAAGGCCUGUUGUAAGGAACUGUAUUGAUAUGUUGGUUGUAAAGGGGAAUAAGGUUAUUGAAGAGAUAGCCAGGAACCUAUGAAGCUGUGGACUCUUAGGGAGCUUGAUCUUCAGUCUAUAUACAACUGAGAGCCUUUGAAGACUGUUAAGCAGAAUAAAUAGUGCAUGAGCAUCAACUUAAAGAUGAAAUGUGGAGUGUUAAGAAUCUGAGAAUGGGUUAGAUAAAAAAAUGUAUUAAUUGAGGCUGACUUUUGAGGUUCUGUACUGAUAAUUACAGCAGAGGGAAGAGUAGAAAUCAAGGUAAAAAGAGGAUUAUUUGAGACUUGGAAGUUGAAAAGAAUUUGAGGAAAGUUUAAAGAUGCGGUAGUGAUGCAGCCAAUUAAAUAUAAUACCAAAAGGAGUGAGUAUUUAGAAAGAGGAUAGAAAACCAAGAUAAGUUUGGUCUUUGUAUGUAAGACAUUAUGUUUAAUGAUAGCAAUAUGUUACAGCCAUUUUAAAAAAAUUUUAGCCACUUUCAUUAGCUAUCAAUAAAAUGACACACUUCAUGACCCUUUCUAAUCUGUGUGUUUAGGUUUUGAAGAUACUUUCUCUCUCCUUGAAUCUUGUUUCCUUGUUUUUGUCAGUUCUUUAGAAAUUUCAUUCUGCUGCCUCUUUGCCCCAGAAGUCUAAAGCAUCUCCCCUAUACAAGUUAUGUGUGAGAUGAAGUAGAGGGGUUGUCAGAAAUAGUAGAGCAUCUUACAGGCUAAGCACACUGCUGAUUUCCUGGAAUCUCAAGCUAAUUUAGGGAGUUCUAAGGGGGGGAAAAAAAAACAUGAGUGAUUUUUUUUCUCCCAGUGCUGGGAAUUGAAUUUGGGGCCUAAUAUAAACUAUAACUCCCAGGUACCCCAGCCCUGCCCCUUUUUCCAUUUUGAGACAAUGUUACAAAGUCACUAAAUUACUGGUCCUUGGGCUGGGGAUUUAGCUAAGUGGCCACUCACUGGCAAGCGUGAGGUCAUGAGUUCAAUCCCAGAUACCUUCUGCCUGAGCCUCCUUGGGUGCUGGGAUUACAGGCUUUCAUCUCCACACCCAGCUGUGAGAUUUUAGGGUAGGAGUAGGGAGGAUCAUUAUUGGUGUUACUGGGAAUUGAACCCAGCGCAGAGCUGUAUCAGUAGUCCUUGAGUGACCACCUGUAAAAUGUUCUUUUUAUUAUUUGAGCAUGAGAACCAAUAAUAGGUCUCAUUUCAAAAAUUAAGAUAAAAGCUGUUGCCAGUUUUUGUCAGUAACAUACAACUUACGAAAAUUUGCAAAAUUUUUUUCUAGAAAAAUCAAACUUCCCACUGCAAAGUAGACGGUGCUGUCUCUUGACAUUAUGCUGAUUUAGACUGUGUGGGGAGCUGGGUCUGAAAGUACAGCUCCUCUACUCUGACCUGUUGCACUCUGACUCCAGACAGAGGUCUGAGCCCCAUUGAGGAAUUUAACUGGGACAGGGAAGAGAUUUGAAAACCUGGUGAUGGGUCAAGUUGUAGCUCAGUGCUAACAUACUUUUCCUAGCACACGUGAAACUGGCUUCAAUUUUCAGCUCCUCAAAAAGGAAAAGGAAAAUUAUGAACAUAUUUGGCAGGUUUAUCCUGGAAAAGAAAAGACCAAAGAGCCAAGAAAGUUCUCUUAAUAAUUGACUAGAAGAUAAAUAUUUACUAAGCACAUACCAUUGCUAGCCAUCAGUGAGGAUGUUGAAACAGACUUAGCUUCUGUAUCAUGCAAAUUCAAGUCUAGCAGGGAAGACUGACAUUAAAACAAUGCAGAUAAAUAAAAGCUCUGUCAAAAAAUGCUCUCAGUAUGGGGCUGGGGAUUUAGAUCAGUGGCAUAAGCACCUGCCUUGCAAGCAGGCAGUUGUGAGUUCAAUCCCCAAUACCGAUUUAAAAAAAAAAAAAUGCUCUCAGUAGAUGGUGACCUAUAGAGAACACAGCAAAAUCUUCCUGGAGAAAAAAUAUUUAGGCUAAAACUUGGAAAAACCAAGAGGUUAUGUAAAGAAAUGGUGAUCCUGUUAUGUGCAAAGGCUUUAUGGAGCACCAGGUUGGUGUUUCAGUGACUGAAAAGACUACCAUAGUUGGGUUGAGAGAAUAAAUGAAAGAAGGAUAAAAGGUUAAAUAGGUAAACAGGACCAGAUGUUUUAGUGCCCUGUUGCUAUGUUCGAGAUUGGGGUUUUGUUUAAAAGGCAGUAAAGAACCGGGGCUAGAGCUCAGUGACAUAAGUGCCUGCCAGUCAAGCACAAGGUUCUGAGUUUGAUUCUUGGUAUUAAAAAAAAAAAAAAAGCAAUCAUGAGAAACCAGGCGUGGUGGUGCAUACCUGGGCUACCAUUAACAAAUUUUCAGACUCUGCUGUAUUUCAGCCCUAGGGGUUGAAAUCGAGUUCUUGUGCAUGCUAGGCAAGUGGUCUACCAAUGAGCUACAUCCUCAGCCACUUUUAAAAUUUCGAGAUACUGUCUUAAGUUGCUCAGGAUGGCCUCAAACUUGUGAUCCUUCUGGUUUAGCCUCCCAAGUAGCUGAUAUCACAAACAUGUACCCUCAUUUAGCCCUAUCUUACAUUUUUUUGAGUCUGUCGUAGCUACUUGGUAAUGCAUCUGUCUAAAUAAGUACACAAAUAUAGCAGCUUGGUGAAUGGACAGUUUUGUCUAUAUAUGCAUUCAUUUAAAAAUAUUAAUGCUGUGUGCCAAGCAUUGUGGAUACAUUAAUAAAAUAAAUAUGAUUGCAUAUUUAUUGAAUUUACAAUACGGAAGAUGUUAAAUAUAUUAAUUAUACAACUAAGUAUUAGGUCAGGUGCUUUGGAAAAGUGAACGUAUAAGGUGCCAUGUAAUCCUUCCCCUCUUUACCAAAUCUAGUGUAAAGAGUCAUAGGAAAUUAUUCAGUUGUCACAGUCCUGUCUUCAGGUUUCUGACUCAUAUUUGACUUUUUCUAAUCAAACCCCAACAUUUUAUCAGAGUAACUUUCUUUUUUUUUUUUUUUUUUUUGUGUCUUUUUCAUUUUUAUCGGUACCGGGGAUCGAACUCACGACCGCCUGCUUGCAAGGCAGGUGCUUAUGCCACUGAGCUAAACUCCCAGCCCCCAGAGUAACUUUCCUUCCUUGCUAGGUUCUGGCUAUGGUCAGCCCACCAGUGGGCUGUGGGUUAAACAUGAAUAGCAGUCACUCCUAAAAACAGUCAUUUGCCUUGUUGAAACACUUUUAUUUAGGUCCCAUUUUCUGAUGUGCCCCUGACUUCUUAGGUAACCCAUUCCUGUCAGAAUGAAACAUUCUUUCUCUACUGGCUUCUCUAUUCCUAUUUUUUCUCUUAAGUUAGCUAGAAAAAAUGAAAGCAUAUCAUGCGUAUAUCUCCAUCUUACUAGAGAAUAAAAAUUUUCUCACCUGACCUUAUUUUUUCCUUCCUGAUUGUGUACUUCUCACUUGAACUCUUGGAUGCUUGCUUUGUUAUUUGAUCUGACCGUUUAUAUACUUGGAUGUGAACUUUUUUUAAUGAUAGCUUUUUGGAAACACUGUAUAUUUUCUGUCUUCACACAGAAUAUACUUUGCUAAGUAGGUAGAUACUACCAGUAACUAAUUAAUAAUAUAUCGUAAGAAUAUGUAACCUUACAGAGUAACAUGCUAUUGUGUACAAAGUGCUUUGGGGUCCUGAGUUCAAUUCCUACUACAAAAAAAAAAAAGUGCUUUGGGAAAAUAUUCGGUUCUAAUGCAAAUCUUGUAAAGAAAGUGGAAGCCACAUCAGCACAUAAACAAAAGGAGACUCAAAUACGUGAAAAAUCUUGCUGUAAAUCCCAAUUUCAAAUAGUGAUAUGAAGGCAAUGCUACUAAUGAUCCGAAUGAACUGUUGUAGGAAAAACUGAAUCAACAGUAGCCAGGAACUCAGGAGAAAAAAAGGAAAUUUUAUUGAUGCUAGCAGACCCUGUAGGAUAAUCUCUAAAGUCUGAGGUGGUGAUUACAGAAAGCUUGUCUUAUAGGAUGGUGAACAGAAGUUAACAAUAAUAAGCUUUUGCUAGAGGCCAGAACACAAUGGAUAUAUUGUGAUGAACCUAGUGAUGAGUGUAGUUGUAUAUGUAGCAAGUUGUUUUCAUUUUCAUGGCAAAUCAUAGUUUAGCUGAGUUUAGUGGCAGAGAACAGAACGACUGCAGCUUUAACAAAGUGGCUGCAAUUAGGUCAGCAUUUCUGCUUCAGAACCACUGUCCACAUUUGCCUACUGUUUAAGAAAAUACUUUGUAAAUCCUGUCUCCUCUCACUUGGGAGGCUGAGACAGGAGGAUUGCUAUGAGUUCAAGGCCAGCCUGAAAUGCAUAGUGAAAAACUGAAUAAAUAGGCAAAUAUCCUAUCUCCUCACUUUCCAUUUUAUGGAAUUGUUGGGAAAGUUCAGCAUUUGCACUGUCCAGGAAGGUAGCCAUUAGCCACAUGUGCCUAUUUUUUUUCCACUUUUGACACUUUUUUUUUUAACAGUUUGUUUUGAGCAUAUGACUAAUUAAAAUAUAAAAUUUGGUCCUUCUGCAACACUACUCACAUUUCAAGUGGCUGCCAGGCACCAUAUUGGCAGAUAAGACAGAUAAAGAGCAGUCCCCUUAUUGCUGAAAGUUCUAUUGGACAGUGCUGUGCUAGAGGGAGGAGAGCCAAAAAUCAGAGGAAGUAACAUGAAUGAAGUGAAAAGACAAAACAGUGGCUGGUUUGAGUGAGAAGAGUAACUGGGUGUGCGGGAAGCAAGCUGACAUUUGUGGAGAAGUGACAUCACAAAGCACUGCUCACAAUGGCUCCAGAACACUCGGGCUUCAACACCGCUCUUCCUUACUCCGCCUUCAGAGUCCUGAAACCUCAGCAUAUGUAGUUCCUGGAGCUGCAGUUGUCUUAACGAUGUCAUCUUCACCUUCAUAUUCUACCUGGGACAACCUCUUAGACUCUCUGUCUCUCAACAUGAUAUGGAAUUGGAUACAAACAACUUUUCUGGGGGAGACAGCUAUGCCUCAGCAAACCAACUUGGGGCUGAUUGAAAAUCUUGCUCCAGUUAUCCAAACCAUCCUACGAAUUUCCUUUUUUAUUUUGUUGGCAAUAGGAUUAUUUGCCUUAUGGAAACGAAGCAUUCGAUCACUUCAGAAAAUGUUGAUGUUUAUAAUCACACUCUACCAGCUUUACAAGAAGGGCUCAGAUUUUUUUCAGGCUUUGCUAGCCAACCCAGAAGAUGGACACAAGAGUCAAGGGAGUGGUAACAUCUUCCUUUCCUUGGGCCUACAAGAGAAAAUUCUGAAAAAACUUCAAACAGUAGAAAGCAAAGUGAAGGACCUGGAGGGGAUGAUCAUUGCCCAAAAGCCUGCCAUGAAGAGGGAGUGCUCCUCUGAUCACUAUUGCAGCUGCUCUGACUGCCAGAGUCCCCUGCUCACAUCAGGAUUUACUUCCCCACUUGAAAUGUGAUGGUCUCCAAUCUUUGCCAGAGAAACACGGUUUCCCUCAUGUGUGUGGUGGUGAAUAACAGAGAACUAUAUUGAAAUUACCCUGCAAGGGCUGGCUGUCUAUUCAGUGAGUCACAGGUUUUAUAUGAGUGUGCAGUUGGGACAUGUGAUGCACAGCAGUAGAUAUUUUGGCUGGGGUUGAGGGUGUGGCUCAGCGGUACAGCAUUUGCUUAGCAUGCAUACAGCCUUUGAUUCAAUCUCCAGUACUACCAAAAAUUUUUAAAAAGUCCCUGGGAUUGUGGUGCUCACUCAGCAGGCUGGAGAGCAUAAAGAGCCACGUAGGAAAAGAUGUAUGAGAUGAAAGAAGGUGGGAAAAGCUGGGAAGGUGAUUAAGACUGUUGUCUUGAGGAUACUGAAGAGGUAUAGGGGAGGAUAUGGAAAGAUGAAAGCACUGUUUGAGGGCCAUACUGUAGAGCAGCGAUGCAAAUCUUUCAUCCUGCGCAGAUCUCAAAUUUCCCAGGAGGAAGAUGGUGGAGGAUGAAGAAAUAGUGACAAGAAUCAGAAAUGCAGAAAGCUGAGGUCAGGUGGAGAAUCCUCUCCUGGUGAGAGAGAAGAACCGCCCACUAAAUGCAGCAUGUUUGUUUAUAUACUCAUGAGUUUGAUGUCAUUUGUAGCCCCUCUGUCUAACAAUCAGAUACUUGGCACCUCACAUUCUUGGAGAUGGAACAACUAGCUCAUGUGGCUUGCCUCAAGCACUUCAUGUUCUUGGGGCUGAUUUUUCUUUAGCCCUUAUGUGUGGUCAGUUUCCAGCUGCAGUGGCUCCUGACACUUGUAGAGCUUUCCAUGAUGACAAACAGCCCACUGUGACAUAGGUGCCCUAGGUUCACCACGGCUGCUAUGGACUGGCCUGCAAUAGUAGGCUGACCUGUGCCAUGGUCCUUGGCAGAAGAAAAAUAUGUAGCCCAGGAGCUUCCAUGUAUUAAUUACUCAGAGUUGACCAAGGAUGACAUUAGACAUAAAGGAGACUAAUUUUAUCUAACAUUUGCUGAUAUCUACCCUAUGAUAAGCACUGUGAUAAUCUCUUCAGAAGCACUCAGCUUUGGAUCAUUUUAUUUAUUAUUUAUUUCUUUAUCUUUUGUCACUAUGCAGUUCAGGCUGGCCUUGGGCUCACUUUGUAGCCCAGGCUGGUCUUGAACUUGCAAUGAUCCACUUGCCUUAACCUCCCAAGUGCAGGGAUUACGGGAGUGCACCACCACACCCUGCCUGUAUGGAUCAUUUUAUUUUAAACUAAGGUAAAUUCUCUUCAUAUGACUUUUGCCUUGGCAGGGAGGAAAAUGGAGAGGUGUUCCAUUCAGUGAAUGCAUACUCUGGAGAGACAUACCACUGGAGAAACAGUAAUUGUUGCCAUGUUGAAGAAAAACUGACUAUGCUAGUCAACAAAAGACAAUGUAGUGUGGCAGUCUCCUAGGUGUUUUCAUCCUAAGGGAUUUCCAAGGGUAAAUUUCACCAUUAGUAAUUCUUGUCCAUGCACUGGCCUUAAAAUGCAAUCUCUGUGCAAGAUGUUCUUUCACAGUGUACAAGUGCAAAAACAGAUUGAAUACAAGAUAGAUCCAGGAAAGGCUUUACGGAGAAAAUGAUAUUUAGCUCUUUACAACACACUGAAAUAGAAGGUAAUAUUCCUGAGAAUCAUCAUGGAGAGAGAGACAGAGAGACAGAGACAGAGACAGAGACAGAAACACAGAAACAUACACAGACAGGCAGACAGACAGGCUUGCUUAGGGAAUAAGGAGAAUUCCAGGGCGAUUGAUUCUUUGUGAUAGUUUCUGUAUGAUUGGGGUUUUAUUCAUAGAGUUUUUGUACACCACUGUCUUCAAGAGUUUUACCUAUUCUAUCUUCUAGCAGAUUUGAUGUUUCUGUUUUAAUAUUUAGAUCUUUGAUCCAUUUCGACUUUAAUGCAUGGUGAAAGAUAUGGGUCCAAUUUUAAUCUUUGGCAUGUGCAAAGCCAAUUUUUCCAGCACCACUUAUUAAUGAGGCUAUUUUUCUUUCAAGGAAUGUAUUUGGUACCUUUGUAAAAGAUAAGGUAGCUAAAUAUGUUUGAAGUUGUUUCUGGAUCAUCUAAUCUGUUCCAUUCGUCUUCAGGUUUUUGUUUUUUGUUUUUUUUUUUUUUCUUUUCUAGUACCCUGCUACUUUUUGUCACAGUAGCUUUAUAGUAUAAUUUCAAGUCAGGAAUUGUGAUGCCCCCUGCCUUGCCUUUGUUUCUGAGAAUUGCCUUUGUUAUUCUAGAUCCCUUCUGGUUCCAAAUGAAUUUUAAGAUUGUUUUCUCCAGCUGUUGGAAUUUUUUUUAAAGACAGGCUCUCACUAUACAGUUCAGGCUGAUCUUGAACUUACUUUGUAGCCCAGGCUGGCCUUGAACUCACAGUGAUUCUCCUGCCUUAUUCUCCCAAGAGCUGGUGUUACAGGUGUAUUCCACCACACCCAGUUUUGCUGUUAAAAUUUCAAUUGGAAUUGCAUUAAAUCUAUAUAGCAGUCUUGGAAGUAUGACCAUUUUCACUAUGUUGGUUCUACCUACACAAAAGCAAGGGAUAUCUUUCCAUUUUCUGAUGUCAUCUAAUUUCCUUUUUUCAGAAUACUAUAGUUUUCAUUGUAAAGGUUUUUUACUUCAUUAGAUUGAGUCCUAAGUAUUUCAUUUUUCUGGAUGCUACUUUGAAAAGUAUUUCCUUAAUUUCUCAAUGAGUUUGUUAUUCAUGUACAGAAAGGCUUUUGAGUGUUGAUUUUGUAUCCAGCUAAGCUACUGAAUUUGCAUAUUAAAUCUAGAAAUCUUUGAAUGCAGUUUUUGGGGUCUUCUAUGUGAAGCAUCAGGUCAUCUGUAAAUAAUGAUAAUUUAAUUUUUUUUUUUUUUGUCUUUUUCGUUUUUAUCGGUACCAGGGAUCGAACUCACGACUGCCUGCUUGCAAGGCAGGCGCUUAUGCUGCUGAGCUAAAUCCUCAGCCCCUGAUAAUUUAAUUUCAUCCUUUCCUAUUGUUAUUUCUUUUUUUCCCUCUUGUCUAACUGCUCUGGCUAAAGUUUCCAGAACCUAUGUUGAAUAACAGUGAAGUCAGGGCCAGGAAUAUAGUUCAAUAGCACAGUGCCUGCCUGGCAAGCAAAAGGUUAUGAGUUUGAUCCCUGAUACAAAGAAGAAGGAGGAAGAAGAGGAAAAGGAAGAAGAGCAAGAGAAAGAGAAGAUGACAGUGGACAUCCUUGUCAUGUUCCUGAUUUUAGAGUGAAAGUUUUCAGUUUUUUGUCCAUUAAGUAUGAUACUUUGUCAUACUAAAUGAUUUGUCACAGAUGGCUUUUAUCAGAUUGAGAUAAAGACCAUUUAUUCCAAUUUUCUGUAGGAUUUUAUCAUGAAUGGGUGCUGGACUUUGUCAAAAGUUUUUUCUGCAUUUAUUGAGCUGAUCAUAUGGCUUUUGUCCUUUGCUCUGUUAAUAUGGUGCAUUACAUUUAUUGAGUUAUGUACACUGAACCAUUUCUGCAUUACUGGGAUGAAUCCAACUUCAUCAUGAUGUAUAAUCUUUUUGAUGAUUUGCUUAAUUCUGUUUGCCAGUUAUCUUACUGAGAAUUUUUCCACCUAUGCUCAUUAGGGAAAUUUGUCUGUAGGUCUCUUACCUAGUUGAGUCCUUCUCAGGGUUUAAUAAUGGUGGUAAUGCUUGCUUCCAGGAACAAAUUUGGGAGUACUGCUUCCCUUUUAAUUUUAUUAAACAGUUUGAGAAGUAGUGGUGUUAGCUCUUCUCUAAAUUUAUUGUGGAGUUCAACAGUGAAUCCAUCAAAGCCUGAGCUUUUUUGUUGGUAUGUUUUAAAUUAUAUCUUUGAUUUCAGUGAUUGAUAUUGGUUUAUUUGGAAUUUGUAUAUCUUUUUUUUUUUUUUUUUUGUCUUUUUUCCUUUCCUUUUUAUCGGUACCAGGGAUCGAACUCACAACUGCCUGCUUGCAAGGCAGGCGCUUAUGCCGCUGAGCUAAAUCCCUAGCCCCUUUUAUAUCUUCUUGAUUCAGCUUUGGUAAUUCAUAUGUAUCCAGGAAUCUGUCCUUUUCGUCUGCACUUUCCAUCUUGUUAGAAUACAAGUUCUCAAAGUCAGUAUAGAUAAUCUUCUGAAUUUCUACUGGGUUCAUUGUGAUUUCACCCUUUUCAUUCAUUGGAUUCCUUGUUUUUGAUAAGGUUGGAUAAGCAUUUGUUGAUUUUAUGUAAUGUUUUAAAGAACCAACUCUUCAAUUCAUUGAUUCUCUGUAUUGUUUUCUUAGUGUCCCGUGUGUUAAUUUCUGCUCUGAUCUUUACAAUUUUCUCCUGCAAACAAGCUUUGGGCUUGGCCUGCUCUUCUUUUUCUAGAAGCUUGAAGUUCAACUUUAAGUUAGUUGUUUGAGCUUGCUUUGUUUUCCUCAUAUAGGUACUCACCACUAUACAUUUCCCUCAUAGGACUGCUUUUAUUGUGUCCUGUAAGUUUUGGUAUGUUGUACUGUCAUUAUUGUUUAAUUAUAGAAACUGUCUAAUUUCUUCUUUAAUUUCAUCUAUGGCCAAUUGGUCGUUCAAGAGAUAUUAUUUAAUUUUCAUGUGUUUAUGAAGUUUUUGUGGGGUUUUUUUGGCCAUUGAUUUCCAAUUUCAUUGCACUAUGGUAUGAUAAUAUGUACGAGAUAAUUUUACUUUGGGUUUACGUAAACAUAUUCUAUGAACUGUUAUGUGACCUAUUUUGGAGAACAUCAUAUGUGCAGCUGAGAAGAAUGCAUUUUCUGAUAUUGAGGGUUGGAAUACUCUGUAGAUAUCUACUUAGUCCAUUUUUUCAAGUUUGGUUCAGUUCUAAUAUUUCAUUGUUGAUUUUUUUGUCUAGUUGAUCUAUUUGUGGCAGGUAUUGAGAUCCCUGAAUACAAUUAUUUUAGUGCUUAUUUGAUUUUUUAUGUUGUUAAUAUGUAGUUUUACAUUGUGGGGUGCACUGGUUAUCUAUAUUUCACUUUGUCUGCAAAUAGAGAGUUACCCUUGCUGUUUUCUGGUUUUUCUUUUUCAUGGAAUAUUAUUUUCCAUCUUUUGACUUUCAGUCUGUGAAUUUUUUAAAUUAAAUGUUUCUUGUAUGCAGCAAGAUCUAUCUUCUUGAUCCCUUCUGCCAAUCUGUUUCUUUUGGUUGAUGAAUUGAGAACAUUAACAUUGACGGUCAUAACUGAUAUGUAUUGACUUAUUCUCAUCAUGUUAUUUUCCUGUUGUUGGCUCUGUCCUUUUCCCCUGCUUCUGUUUAACUGUUUACCUCCUCUGGUGGAUUCCUUCUGUGGGGGUUCAUGGAAUCAUAGUUCUUGUUAUCUCUUUUUUUAGAAUGUCUUUCAGAAUAUUUUGUAGUGCUGGUUUGGUGUUCAUGAAUUUCCUCAAGUGUUCUUUGUCAUGGAAGUUUCUUAUUUCUCCAUCAAUUUGAAAGAGUUUUAGGGGCUGGGGAUUUAGCUCAGCGGCAUAAGUGCCUGUCUUGCAGGCAGGCAGUCGUGAGUUCAAUCCCUGGUACCGAUAAAAAGGAAAAAGCCAAAAAAAAAAAAAAAAAAAAGUUUUGUGGGGGUACAUAAACCUGGGUUGGAGGUUGUUUUCCUUUAGCUAUCCUUAUCUUGAGGGUUUGUGUUGAGAAGUCAACUGUGAUUCUGAUGGGCUUUCCUUUAUAGGUUGUUUCUUUUCCAUAACAGCUUUUAAGACUGUAUUCUUGUGUUGAAUUUCUAGAAUCUUGACUGUGAUAUGGCUGGCAAUAGAUUUUUUUGAUCAUUGAUAAUUGGAGUUCUAUGUGCCUCACUUAUCUUAUGUCAAAUUCUCUUUCCCUACCAGGGAAGUUUUCUGCCAUGAAGUCUUUGAACAGUUUUUUAAUAUUAUUUGUGCUAUUUCGUGCUUUUUCAUCAACACCCAUCAACUUAUGUUAUUCUUCUUUGCAUCAUAUAGUGGCUACUGAAUUGGUUUCUUAUGGUCUAUUGCUAUUUUUAAAGAAAUCUUUCUGUUUAUCAUUGUUAACCACAAGCCUGUCUUCUCUAUCUGAGAUUCUGUCAUCCUACUGGCUCAUUCUGCUCUGGACAUUUUCAGUGAUAUUUUUAUUCUCCUGGAUAGCUGCUUGAAUCUGUUUUAUGGAUUCCAUUUUUUUCCUAUGGUGGGCAUUCAUGGCUUCCAUCUUUUUCUUAAAUUCCUCUAUUUUUAAAAAAUUUGUAGGGGCUGGGGAUUUAGCUCAGCGGCAUAAGCACCUGCCUUGCAAGCAGGCAAUUGUGAGUUCGAUCCUCAGUACCGAUAAAAAGGAAAAAGACAAAAAAAAAUUUGUAUCUGCUCUAGAGUCACUAAGCAUGGUUUUCAUUAUUGAGCAGUUAUUUCUAAUUUGAUUUUUUUCUAGAUCCUCAUUCCUUUGUUUUGUUUUUACCACUUCUGCCGGAUGGGUGGCUUUUGGAUUAUCUCACCUCAGUGCCCCCUGGGUUUGCCUUUGGUGAACUGGGUGUCCAGGAUUACGUCUUGUUUAAGCAUCUUUUCAUUUUUUUCUUUUUAGUUUAAUUCCUGGGUUGAUGCUUGUAAGUUGCCUAUGGUGAGUUGCUUUACUGUUAGUAUUUAGAACCCAUAGGAAAUGAUUACUUCUCAGAGGUAUCUUUUUUUUAUGAUUUUUUUUUUGUCUUUUUCGUUUAUAUCAGUACCAGGGAUCGAACUCACGACUGCCUGCUUGCAAGGCAGGUGCUUAUGCCGCUGAGCUAAAUCCCCAGCCCCUUCUCAGAGGUAUCUUACAGGUGAAGUUGGUUUUGGGGUUUUGAGUCUGUUGUGAGAUUCUACCUCUUCACUUUGUUAGGGAUGAGAAGUUGCUGCCCACUUGGUGGAGCCCCUGGUUUUUGGGCACUGAUCCACAUAAUUUUCUAUUUGGCAGUCUUGCUCCUUGUAUACCAGGAGGAAAAGCUGAUUAGAACAAUUACGUUAUUUUGGCCCCAGCUAGUGCAGUCUUUCAUAUCCACUGUUCCCUUCUACUAUUGUGCCUCUCCUUAGAGGUCUCUGGUGUUUCCUAUGGUCAUCCUGUGGCUGCAGGGUUGAACUGCUUCUGCCACAUGAUGACCCUAACUCAGGGAGAAGGCUCCACUAGCUACUCCCUCCUUUGUUGAAGUUUCUCUUGUUGCUCUCCCUGUGGACUUCAAUUCUUGCUUCAGAUCCUUCUAGAGUCCAGGGAACCCACUUUCCUCUUUCUUGUUUUCCUCUUGUUAUGUUCCAGUGUCUGGAUGGCAUCUAUCAGAGAGGUUUCUUUCUCUGCUGCUUGCCACUCUGCCAUCUUCCUGAAAGUACAAAGUAGAAAAUUUUAAUUUUUUUUUAACUUUUUAUCGGUACCAGGGGUUGAACUCAUGACCGCCUGAUUGCAAGGCAGGUGUUUAUGCCGCUGAGCUAAAUCCCCAGCCCCCAAAGUAGAAAAUUUUAAAAAAGGGUUGUAGCUUGGUGCAGAGUCCCUGGAUUUAAUCCCAGUACUACACACACACACACACACACACACACACACACGAACACCAGUUAGUGUGCUGUCAUUGCAGUCAUCUCUUAUUUCCCCAGAGGUACAUGGGUGGAAAGUGUUAGAAGGUCCUUGAAGAGUAAUGCACAUGGAGUAAUAAAGAAUUAGUUGUUUGGUCUUCUGUGGUGCCAGACAGAAAAGAUAGAGAGUGAGAGAGCAGAAGAAAAAAGCCUGUAUUGAGGGAAUGAGAAGGCUACCCAAGAGAGGCAGGCAUUCUCUGGAAGCUUCAGGAAAGAACUAAUGACUUUAUAUUUGGAAUUUGACAGGGGUGGAGUUAAAGGGUGGAAUGAUGUUUUGACAGCUGAUUGAAGAUGCAUUUGCACAUGAGCAAAAACAGGAGGUUUGACAUUUGGGUUCGGGAAAAGAAGGCAGGGAGGUGCUGUCUAGUGCCAAAGGGAAGCACUUUCUAGGAAAAACCUGUCAUUCCCAUCUUUUGGUGGUUAAAGGGAAAUCUGUCUUUCUGGCUACUUACUGCUGAACAGGGGUUAGAGGGUUGAUGAGAUGACAGGUAGGUUUCACACAAACUCACAUGAUGGAGAUGUCACUGAGGACAAGGAGUUCUUUGGUAGUGAAUGAAUGAAUCCUGGAUUGAAUGAAACUUGAAACAAGUUGAAAGACCCAAGGAAGUAGUAGCAAAAAAAAAAAAGAUAAUGGUGAUGAGGGGACCUAUGAUGAGAAGUAGGAUAGGGGCCCAUGAAUCUAAUGUGGGCCACCAAGAAGACCACAGAGUGGAACUGGAGGCUAUGUAUCUCUUUCCAAGUUCCACUGCAAGUUCUCUGAGCCUCUUUACCUGUCCUUUUACAAUACUUGAUUGAUUUACAAAAUAGCAUCAUUUUCCCCCCAGUAUUGCAUAGUAUCCCUCUUUUCAGCUGUGAGUACUUUGAGCACAUCUCCCUGCUGGAGGAUGACUGAAGGCAAUAAAUCAAUCUGGUCCUGAAGUGAGUCAACAGAUUUAGAGACUGCAUUGAUGGAGGCUCUUAAAUCAUAUAACUGAGUAUAAAAGUUGGCAUUCACUCCCAAGUCGUCCUGCCCCCAAUCCUAUGGCUGAAAAGAUACCUAUUCCUGUCAAGAUAGAUGCUAUUGCAUCUCUGUAUGUAAGUGUAUGAAGUAUGAGAGAGAGGUUUGUUGUCUCUGCAUGAUUUGUGUUUUUGUAUGGAGUACUCCUCAUGCAGCCACUACUGCUACUGUACAAGAGCCCUACCAGACAGACAAGAGGCAGGUAUAUGCUCUGUGCUCACACACAAAGAAUUGUCUGUGGAGUGGGCAUAUUGGUGAUGGCUUAUGAAACACAUUUAAAAAAAACUAUAAUAAAAUUUUAAAGUACAUCACUUGGGGGUAACAAUGGUACAUACAUUGUGUAUUGUCAUCCCAAAAUCAUUUACCCAGAGCACAAGAUAUUUGCCUUCAAUUGUCCGAACAAUACCAGUACAAAUCUUUCUCUUCAGCUAACUCAGAGAAAUCAGUAGUCUAUCUUAACUGUUUUUAUAUACAUAUACAUAUGUUUUUCUUUUAGCUUGUCAGACUAAUGAAACAAUAUGAUAUUUACACAUGUCUUAUUUAUUUCACUAAUGAGUAUGUUCUCAAGGUGCAUCCAUUUACCUAUAAAAGUGUCCAGUUUAUUAUUUUUUUAAAAAAAUUUUAUUUAAAGAGAAAAAAAAAAGCGAAACAGAAGACAGGGUAGCAACAAUACAGAAUUCCAAAACAAAAACACUAAGAAAUCACUAGUUAGUAAAUUACAUACUGUCAUCCUAUUCUAGAAAUAGUUGUUCAAGUUACAAAAUUAAAGCAAAGUAGUCAUUCAAACAAUGAGACUGCCAACAGUUCUGCUCAAGUAUCCAACAAAAACUCAGUAAUAUGGUCAUCUAUCCAGUUCAUUAUUAUUUAUGCCCAAGUAGUACUCCAUUGUAUAAAAAUACCACAUUUUUUUUGUAUCCCUCAGUCACUGGGCAUUUAGGUUGUUUCUGAGAUCUGGCUAUUAUAAACCAUGCUGCUAUAAACAUGGGUGCACAUAUAUCACUGUGGUAUGAUGUUUUUAAUUCUUUUGGGAAGAUGCCCAGAAGGGAAAUAGUUGGGUCAAAUGGGACCUCCAAUCCUAGUUUUUUGAAGCAUCUCCACACUGAUUUCCACAGUGGUUGCACCAAUCUACCCUUCCCAACAGUGGAGAAUGGUUCCUUCCCACCCACCCCCACAACCCCUGCAGCAUUUAUUAUUGGUUGAUUUCUUGAUACUAGCCAUUUUUCCAUCAUGAGAUGGAAUCUCAGUAUUGUUUUAAUGUGCAUAUUUUGAAUGACCAAUCAUGUUCAACAUUUUUUUUUCAUGUUCAACAUUUUUUCAUGUAUUUAUUUUCUAUUUGUAUUUCUUCAUCUGAGAAGUAUGUACUCAUCUCAAAUGUCCACUUUUGGAUUGAGUCUUUAAAUCUGGGAGGAAUCAUUUUUUUUAGUUCUUUGUAUGUUCUUGACAGUAAUCUUUUGAGGAACAGGUGGCAAACAUUUUCUCCCAUGUUGUGAGCUGUCUCUUCACUCUGUUGGAGGCUUGCUGUGCAGAAGGUUUUCAGUAGGGUGAGAUCCCAUUUGUUGAUUCUUAGUGAUAGUUCCUGUGCAAUCUGGGUUUUGCCCAUAAAGUCUUUGCCGACACAACUGUCUUCAAGAGUUCUACCUACUCUAUCUUCCAAUAGAUUUAAUGUUUCUGUUUUAAUAUUAAGAUCUUUGACCCAUUCUGAUUUUAGCUUAUUACAUGGUGAAAGAUAUGAGUCCAGUUUUAAUCUUUGGCAUGUGGAGAGCCAGUUCUUUCGCACCGUUUAUUAAAGAGACUAUCUUUUUUUUUUUUUUUCUUUUUUUUUGGUACCGGGGAUUGAACUCAUGAUCUCAGGCCUACCUGCACUUACACCACUGAGCUAAAUCUCUGGCCCCGAGGCUGUCUUUCUUACAGUGAAUAUGUUUGCCACCUUUGUCAAAAAUAAAAUGGCUUAGUGUGUCUGGAGUUGUUUUUGCAUCUUCUAAUCUAGUCCAUUGAUCUUCGGGUCUUUUGUGUGUGUGUGUGUGUGUGUGUGUGUGUGUGUGUGUGUGUGUGUGUGUGUUUUGCCAGUACCAUACUGGUUUUUUUUUUAAUCACAGUACUUUAUAGUAUAAUUUCAAGUCAGGGAUUAUGAAGCCCCCUGUCUUAUCUUUGUUGCCCAGAAUUGCCUUUGUUAUUCAAGGUUUCUUAUGGUUCCAGAUGAAUUUUAGGGUUGUUUUUUCUAAUUCUGUAAGAUAUGCUAUUGGAAUUUUGAUUGAGAUUGCAUUGAAUCUAUAUAACAAUUUUGGAAGUAUGGCCAUUUUCAAUAUUGGUUUUUUUUUUUUUUUUUUUUUUUGUGGUACCGGGGAUCGAACUCAUGACCUUGUGCCUGCCGGGCAGGCACUUAUGCCACUGAGCUAAAUCCCCAGCCCCUCAAUAUUGGUUCUUCUAACCCAAGGGCACAGGAUGUCUCUCCAUUUUCUAAUAUCAUCUUCAAUCUCCUUUUUCAGAGUACUGUAGUCAUCAAUAGAGGUCUUUUAUAUCCUUUGUUAGAAUGAUUCCUAGGUAUUUCAUUUUUUUGGAUGCUAUUGUAAAGAGUAUUGUUUCCCUGAUUUCUCUCUCAGUGAGUUUUUUAUUUGUGUACAGAAAGGCUAUUGAUUUUUGCAUGUUGACUUGGUAAUCAGCUACAUUGCUGAAUUUGCUUAUUAAAUCUAUAAGUCUUUUGGUGGAGUUUUUGGAGUUUUCUAAGUUUAUGUCAUCUGCAAGUAACAAUAUUUUGACUUCUUCCUUUUCUAUCUUUAUUCCUUUUGUUUCUUUCUCUUGUCUAAUUGCUCCAGCUAAAAUUUCCAGGACUGUGUUGAAUAAGAGUGGAAACAGUGGACAUCCUUGUCUUUUUCCUAAAUUUAGAGUGAAAUCUUCCAGUUUUUAUUCAUUUACUAUGACAUUGACUGUUGGUUUGUCAUAGAUGGCUUUUAUCAGAUUGAGAUAAAGAUCAUUUAUUCCAAUUUUCUGUAGGGCUUUUAUCAUGAAUGGGUGCUGGACUUUGUCAAAAGCUUUUUUCUAUAUUUAUUGAGAUUAUUAUAUGAUUUUUGUCCUUGGCUCUGUUAAUAUGAUGCAUUACAUUUAUGGAUUUCUGUAUGUUGAACCAUCCCUGGGAAGAAUCCCACUUGAUCCUGGUAUACAAUAUUUUUGAUGAUUUGCUGCAGUGUGUUUGCCAAUAUCUUAUUGAGGAUAUUUGCAUCAAAGUUCAUUAGGGAGAUUGAUCUGUAAUUCUCUUAGUUGGGUUCUUCUCUGGUUUUGGAUUCAGAGUAAUGCUUGCUUCCAGGAAUGAAUUUGGGAGUAUUACUUCCCUUUCAAUUUCAUUAAAGGGUUUGAGACACAGCAAUGUUAAGUCUUCACUAAAUUUCUUUGAGAAUUUGGCAAUGAAUCAAUCAGGACUUGGGCUUUUCUUUCUUGACAGGUUCUUAAUUACCUCUUCAACUUCAUUUAUUGAUACUGGGUUAUUUAGGAUUUUUAUAUCUUCUUGAUUCAGCUUUCUUAAUUCAUAUGUAUCUAGGAAUCUGUCUAUUUCUUCUGUAUUUUCCAUCUUGUUAGAAUAUAAGCUUUCCAAAAAAAAGAAUAUAAGUUUUCAAAGUAGAUAUAGGUUAUUUUCUGGGUUUCUGCAGGGUCUAUUGUGAUUCACCCUUUUCAUUCCUAAUUUCUUGGAGUUGAAUCUUCCCUUUUUAAAAUAAAAUUGCCUAAGGGUUUAUCAAUUUUAUUUAAUGUUUCAAAGAACCAACUCUUCAAUUCAUUGAUUAUUUGUAUUUUUUUUUUUACUCUCCAGUGUGUUAGUUUCUGCUUUGAUCUUUAUAAUUUCCUCCCUUACAUGAGCUUUUGGGUUAGCCUGCUCUUCUUUUUCUAGAAGUUUGAAAUUCAACAUUAAGUUGUUGAUAUGCACUUGCUCUGUUUCACAGCUAUAAAUUUCCCUCUUAAGAUUGCUUUCACUGUGUCCCUCAAGUUCCAGUAUGUUGCAUGGUCAUUAUUCUGUUAAAACUAUUUGAUUUCUUCUUUAAUUUCAUCUGUGACUCUGUGGUUGUUCAAUAGGGUGCUAUUUAAUUUCCAUGUGUUACAAAGUUCUUGUGGUUUCCUUUGGCAUGGAUUUCCAGUUUCAUUGCCCUGUCGUCUGAUAGUAUGCAAGAGAUAAUUUUCUUUUUCUUUUUCUUUCUUUUUUUUUUUUUUUUUUUUUUUUUUUUGUCUUUUUUUGAGAUGGGUUCUCGCUAUGCAGUUCAGGCUGGCCUUGAGCUCACUUUGUAGCCCAGGCUGGUCUCAUACUCCGCAAUGAUCUUCCCACCUCAGCCUCCCGAGUGCUGGGAUUAUAGGCGUGAGCCACCAUGCCUGGCUAGCAAGGGAUAAUUUCAAUUCUUUUGCAUUUACUUAAGCCUGUUGUUCUAUGAGUCAGUAUAUAGUCUAUUUUGGAGAAUGCCCCAUGUGCAGCUGAGAAGAAUGGUAUUCUGAUAUUGUGGGAAAACAUUGUAGGCAUCUAUAAGACCAUUUGCUCAAUAAUUUGAUUUAGUUGUCAUGUUUCAUUGAUUUUUUUGUCUAGUUGAUCUGUCUUUUUGCAACAGUGGUGUAUUGAGUUCUCCCAAUACAAUUGUAUUAGGCCUUAUUUGGUUUUUCAUGUCCAUUAGUAAUUGUUUCUAUAGCUGGGUGCAUGGUAUUUGUUGCAUACAUAUGAUUGUUGACUCUUCCUCUUGGAUUGUUCCCUUUACAAAGAUGUAGUGACCGUCUUUCUCUUAAUUAGUCUUAGCUUGAAAUUCACUUUGUCUGCAAAAAGAAUAGCUAUCCCUGCCUUUUUCUGUUGCAUGGAGUUUUGUUUUCCAUCCUUUGACUUUCAGUCUGUGAAUUUCCUUUUGAAUUAAAUGUGCUUCUUGUGUGCAGGUAUUGUUGGAUCUUGCUUCCUGAUCAGUUCUGCCAGCCUAUGUCUUUUGACUGGUGAAUUGAGAUCAUUAACAUUGAUGUUUAAAACUGAUAUGUAUUGACUAAUCCUUGUAAUGUUAUUUUCCUGUUGUUGGCUCCCCCCUUUUUUUCCCUUCCCUCUAAUUGCUUGCCUUUCCUGGUGAAGUCCUUUUGUUGGGGUUCAUGGAGCUGUAGUCUUUAUUAUCUCUUUCUAUAGUGUCCUUUAAAACAUUUUGGAGGGUUGGCUUGGUGGUCAUAAAUUUCAUCAGAUGUUCUUUGUCAUGGAAGUAUCUUAUCUUUCCAUCAGUUUUGAAAGACAGUUUUGCAGGAUACAUCAAUCUGGGUUUAACAUUGUUUUCCUUUAGAAUUUGGAGUACUUUACUCCAAGCUUUCCUUAACUUGAAAGUUUGUGUUGAGAAGUCAGCUGUGAUUCUGAUGGGCUUUCCUUUAUAGGUGAUUUGUUUCUUUUCCCUAACAGCUUUUAAGAUUCUAUUCUUGUGUUGAAUUUCUGGAAUCUUGACUAUGUUAUUGCAUACAUAUGAUUGCAAUAACAUAUGUAUUGCAUACAUAUGUUAUUGCAAUCAUAUGUAUGUAAUUUUUUUUAAUUAUUGCUUAGUGGAGUUCUAUAUGCCUCACUUAUUUGCAUGUUAAAUUCUUUUUCUCUACCAAGAAAGUUUUCUGUCACAAUGUCUGUGAACAUGUUUUUAAUGUCAUUUGUGCUAUUUCCUACUUGUUUAUUGACUCUGAUUAAUCUUAUGUUAUUUUUCUUUGUCUCAUCUAGCAGCUGAUGGAUUUAUUUCUCCUGGUCCCUUGCUAGUGUUGAGAAAUCUUUGUUUUCCUGCUCGCUAACUAAAAGUCUGUCUUUAAUAUCUGAGAUCCUGUCCUUAAAUUGGACUAAUCUGCUUUGAAUACUUGCAGUGGAGUUUUUAUUCUCCUGGAUAUCUGCUUGGAUCUGCUUUAUGAAUUCUUUGUUUCCUAUGCUGUGCUUCCAUAAUUUGCUUAAGCUCAUCUGUUUUGUUUUGUUUUUUGUCUGUGUCUGCUCUAACAUUGCUAAGCAUGGUGUGUAUUUUGGUAAUCUCUGUAAUUGAGAGAUUAUUUCUAAUUUCCUUUUUCUCCAGAGCCUUAUUCAGUUGCUUUGUUGUUACCACUUCAGAGAGACCUGGUGGGGGAUUUAUAGACUGUAACCACCUCAUUGCUCCUGGGUUUGCCUUUGGUGAACUGGAUGUCUGGGGUUUCAUCUUAAGUGUCUUUUCUUUUUUAGUUUAAUUCCUCGGGUGAUGCUUGUAAGACGCCUAUAGUGAGUUGCUUUAUUGAUGGUAUUUAGGACACUUAGGUGAUGAUUACUUCUCUGAGGUAUCUGCCAAAUGUAGCAAGUUUUUGGGUUUUGAGUCUAUUGGAAGAUCUUACCUCUUCAAUUUGUUGGAGAAAAGUUGUUGCUUGUUUGGCCUAGUCCUUGGUUCUUUGGCACUAUGCCAUAGUAUUUUCUGUGACUCUUAGUUAAUCUCAGUCAUGGAUUAUCAGGGCCAACAGCUGUUUAGAACAAUGAUGUCGAUUUUGGCGAUAGUGUUACCAAUAACAUCAAACAGCCUAUAAAACAAUAAGCUGUGCCAACCCUUAAUUUGCAACUUUUUACUCUACGAACUAGAUAUGUGAUUAUAUAACAAAAUAUAAAACAAACCAGAUAAUUAUAUGCAAUAUGUAAGUCCAUAAUGUAUCGAUUUUGCCCUCAGGGUUAAAAUUUAAAAUGGGUUAAGGAGAAAAUAGAGGAGUUGCAAAAGAGAGAUUAUAAGUAAGUUUGAAGGACAAAGAUGGGUCCCACCAACUUGGGGAAACUGGUGCAGAAGAUUAAAAGAAAAGAGAGGUGAAAGAGAUAAAAGGUAGAACAAAACAGAACUACAUCCACGAAGAGAAUAAUAACCACUGUCACACUCAUUAACCAAUUGAAGAGAAGGAAAAAUAAAAAACAAGCUAAAUAAAACAAAACAAACAAGAAAAAUGAAAACAAAAACAAAAUAAAUAGUCACUUUCAGGAUUCUGUCUGGGUUCACUAGUAGACAGCCUGUGGAGACAGAAUCCUGAAUCAUGCCAUUGUGUUCCAGAAAGCCAGCCAUUGCUUUAUGGUGGCGUAGUAGAUAAUCCUAGCAGGCUUGCCCCGAGACCAGAGUCAUUGGGCUUACCACAGUCCAAGCAGUUUCCAUGGGUCUGAGUCCAGCUAGGCACUGUUGGAAGAAGCUGGCAGCAGUUCUGGUUCUGGACUCUAAAAUGGCUCCUGGCCAAUCGCUAUCUCCCACAGGAGGACUCACCACCAGACAGUACAGUGCCAUUCCCUUCCACUGCCCCCAUCUCUUUGCAGAGGCCUCCCGGGUUGCCAGCAGACACCAUAACCAUGAGCCUAUGUCCCCAUGUUCCAAUAGCUCCUCUCGAGCAGUGAGUUCAGCUCCAGGUGAAGGCACCAUGAGUUACUGUCUUCUUUGUUGAAGUUUUUCUUUUUACACUGUCUGUGGGCUUCAGUUCACACGUCAGAUUCUUCCUAGGACCAGGGAACCUACUUCUUACCUUCUUCCCAAUGCUAUAUUGCAGCAUUGGAUGGUGACUCUCAGAGAAGCUGUUUUCUCUACUGCUUAUUGCUCCACCACCUUUACAGAAGUCAUGAAACACUUGGAGAAACUGGUGCAGAAGAUUAAAACUUAACAUUUUGUAAGUUAGUGCAAGAAGAUAAAGUACCUACAUGCCAUUGAUGGGGGCCUUUGUUUCGAUUAGCUAUUAUUCUGACUGGACUUAGGACUCCCUUGGUGCCCCACAACUACAGAUAUGCCUUAGUGUCUUUAUACUUACCAUGUGUUGCACUGAUAGUGGUAGAUUGGAAUUAAUUUAGAAUUCUAAUAACUUUUCCAUCGGAUUACAAAUAUAGAAAACUGGCUAGACCCAUUUGCUUUGCUUAAAGCCAGUUGAGAGAAUAAAGACAAACCUUAGCCAGCUCUGCAUAUAGUAAUACAUGGAAAUAGGGCCAUAUUUAGCCAAAAUGAAGACAAUUGUUCGUCUUUUAAGGACAGUUGUCCAGGUGUUCUUCCACAAAACUUGCAGUAAUUUUCCUGCCUCAGCCUCCCAAGUGCUGGGAUCACAGGUGUGCACCACUACACCCAACCGAAAGUCAGGUUCUAAACUAAGAGACUAUGCCUGAUGGCAUGACCUGCACACUCUCUCUCUUAUUGCUUCCAUUCUUUCCACACCUACUUACCAUUUCUCAGAUAUGCCACAUAUGCUAAGCACUGGUCAAUCUAGGGUCUUUGCAUCUUCUGUCCAUUUUGGUUGGCUUUUUUCUGAUACCUACAUGGCUUCUUUUACUUGUGUGUGUGUGUGGGGGGGAGCCCUGUGCUCAGAAAUCAGCUAACCUGAUUGCCCUCCUUGACCAUCCUAGGUAAAGUAGUGCCUCUCCCCCCAUGUGCUGUAUUCCCCUUUCGAUGCUUUUGCUUUGUAGCACUUAGUGCCACCCUUAUUUUUUCUGUGAUGUAUUUGCUCAUCAUCUACUGCCCCAUCCACCAUGCCCCACUGACAAGGUAAGCUCUGGGUAGUUUUUGAUAGUGUAUUCCAGUCAGUCGUGGUGUUCUGAAACUUUGUGCCAGCUUCUUGUUCCAUCUCCUCACUUUUUAGACACAUGGAUCAAUGCUCUGCUGCCAGUCUCCCACACAUGAAGAGUCAGCAGCUAACCUUACUGGACACUUAUGCAGGCCUAGGUACAUUGUGAAGAAUUUAAUAUACAUUUUCUCACUUGAUCCAAACAAUAGAAGGACAUAAGUACUAUUCUUAUUUUACUGAUGCACUGACACACAUAGGGCUCAAAGAGUGAUAUGAUGUAACUAUGACUGGCAUUCAAGGAAUCUGACACCACACCUGUGCUCUUAGCUACAAAUUUUGGGUGGCAAAAGCUUCAGUGAAUCACAGAUGAAGACAAAGAUAAAGAGGGCAGAGUAAUGAUGGCCCAAGAAAAUUAUGCAUAUGUUUAUUACCUCAUAUAUAUAAGUUGAUAACUUUUUCAUCAUAAAUUUAAACACUUUCAAUAGGUGCAAAUCUUGGCAAACUAACAUUUUAGGAUAAAACUAUUAAAUCACUUAUCUAAUGUAUUCAAUAUAACCUAUAUAUGAUAAUUAUAUUAAAGCAUGCAAAUGAACUGUUCAACUUUAUUAUUUUAUCUCUAAGUUAUGUUCUACUUUCAUGAAGUGUUAUUCAGGAAAAGAUGUUAUUCAGAAAUAUUUUGAUGUUUGAAAAUCUUUU